ACUUAUAUCAAAACUAUUUUCCCGGAGAGUUGGGAGGAGAACGAAGAUUUUGAAGUGGAGUUGUAAUAAUUUUGGUGAUUUGUGUGUUGUGUGACUGUAAACGCAACACAAUGGUGGUUACCUCCUCCAUUCGUCUUCUUCCAUCAUCCCUCACUUCUCUUGUUCAUCAUCGCUCUCCAUAUUCACGCCGUUUGUUGCGUCCCUCUUCCAUCUCUUUUCCUCUCUCUCCCAUCCACUCUCUUUCUUCUAAUGGAAUUGGUGAGGUGGAUUCACAUGUUGAUCAGUCACAAGUUAUAUUCAUUGGAACUGGAACUAGUGAAGGAAUUCCUCGAGUUAGCUGCUUGACUAAUCCUUCUACUAAAUGUCCGGUCUGUACAAAAGCUGCAAAACCGGGUGAUAAGAAUAGGCGACUUAACACAAGCAUCCUCGUUCGUCACUCUAACGGCACAGGAACACACAAUAUUCUUAUAGAUGCUGGAAAAUUUUUCUAUCACAGUGCUCUCCAGUGGUUCCCCAAAUUUGGGAUAAGAACACUUGAUGCAGUUAUUAUUACUCAUUCUCAUGCUGAUGCAAUUGGAGGUCUUGAUGAUCUUAGAGACUGGACUAACAAUGUUCAGCCCUCCAUUCCAAUUUAUGUAGCCAAGCGUGACUUUGAGGUGAUGAAGAAGACCCAUUAUUAUUUAGUUGAUACAAGUGUAAUCAUACCUGGUGCUGCAGUCUCAGCGUUGCAAUUCAAUAGCAUAUCUGAAGAACCGUUUUUCGUACACGGAUUGAAGUUUACUCCACUACCAGUAUGGCAUGGCCAAGGUUAUCGGUCCCUUGGUUUCCGUUUUGGUAAUAUAUGUUACAUAAGUGAUGUCAGUGAAAUUCCUGAAGAAACUUAUCCACUUUUGAAGGACUGUGAACUUCUAAUCAUGGAUGCUUUGAGGCCGGACCGCUCUUCAGCUACACAUUUUGGACUUCCAAGGGCCUUAGAGGAAGUGCGAAAAAUUCAACCCAAAAGGACACUUUUUACUGGUAUGAUGCAUCUGAUGGAUCAUGAAGAAGUGAAUGACUACCUUACAAAAUUAUUGGAGUCUGAGGGCCUUGAUGCGCAACUGAGCUAUGAUGGGCUUUGUAUAGCAGUCAGACUCUAACUACAGUUUCACUCAUAAAAGGACAAUUAUUAUUAUUUUUCUCUGAAAGAGAAGUUUUUGCUUAUUAAAUAAACAUUGAAAUGAAUGUCAUUACCAGGUUUUUUAUGGUAUGUACAUUUUGCAGGCUCCUGCAGCUAUUCUGCCUUUUUCCCUAUCACCAUUCUUUAUUUAUUCUCUACCUCUCUUAACACUAUGAUACUAUACAUAUGUUAGAGGAAUUUAUCAUGUGAUAACUUUGCUUUA